UUAGGAAGUAAAGGAACGGUACGGUACGGUGGUCUAUCUUUAUUGGCAUUACAAAUUUUAGUAAAAUUUUAGUAAAAUAUUUACCGGUUGGAUUGUGAUCUAGUGUUAAAAAAAUUUUUAAAAGUAUUUAAGAAUCAUGUUUCGAGUUGCCUUAAAACAACCUUGCAAGAAUGCCAUAAAGAAUACUGUGCGCACACCUUCAACAAGACAGUAUCACAAUCAUAAUAACAGACCAUUAGAAGCUGGUCUUGGGAAGGUUAUAGUUAUUCUGUCCCCAGUAGCAAUUGUUGGUGGAAUUGCAGCUUACGCAAAAUACGAUAAAGAAUUUAGAAAAUCUGUGGAAGCAAAUAUUCCAGGUGCAGAAUCGAUAUUAAAGAUUUUGUUACAAGAGGAAAAGCCUUUCCAAUCCGUUACACAAAAAAUCGAGUCGAUUAAAUCAAGCACGGCAAAUUUAUUUGGGGGUGGAGAAACAAAAAAAGAAGUUUCAGAAGUCAAGUCUAGUCCUUCUGCUACGAAACCCAAAGCACCAGAAAAAACUGACAAAGUUUCAUCUAAAGAGGAACCAAAAAAAUCUUUCACACCAGUACAAACUAAAAAAGUCAGCGAACAAAUUCCAUCAGAUAUAGUUGAAAUAGAGAAAAAAGUUGAAUUGGCAGCAUCUUUAGCUGUUAAGGAAUAUAAUAAAGCAAUUAAUAUUUUGAAAACCUAUAAUGAGGAAGUUCAGAAAGUUGUAGAUGAUGCAAUAGAAAAAGUUGACUUGACCAGCUGGACAGCACUUAGAAACAAGACAGGUGCUCGAGAUACUGCCGUUGAAUCUGCCGAAAACGCGGCCAGAGAUGCUUUACGUCAAAUUGAAUUAUAUCAGGCCGCUUUAAUUAAACAUGCAUCAGCUAUGAAUCAUGAAAAGCUGGAUACUGUUCGAAACAAAAUUAAGCAAUAUACAGAUCAUAUUAAUAACGUUAAAGAUGAACUCUUUAGGACUAAAGAUGCAGCCUCCCUAUCAGAAAAAUAUUGGAAAAAGAUUGAAAGUGCUAGAAAUUAUUAUAUAGACGAAAUUGCUGCAAUUUUUCCUGGUUUAAAUUUAGCAGAGAAAAAACUUAAUUUAUCAAAAGAUGACAUAGAUAUAUUCCUUAUGCAUGCUUAUUCUCAUGUUUUAGCGUAUCAAAAAGAAUUACAGCGUUUACAACUUGAUGGUGAACUUCGUUUGAAGCGUGCUGUUGAAGCGCUUAGGGGAGACGAUCAGAAUGAAGCUGUGAAAUCACAAAUCGACUACCACCUUGAGAAAGAAAGACAUAAUUUUGCAAUUGAAAAUCAAAAGAAAAUUUUCAAAAUUCGUAGUGAAGCAGAAAAAGAAUUACGAAAGCAAUUGAAACAACAAGCAGAAGCUCAUGUAGAUCAUAUUAAAGAUGCAGUGGCAGUUAAGGAGGCUGAACUGAAAAAUAGUUUUUCACGCGAAUUAGAUGAAAAGCUAUCCGCUGAGAAGGGAGCAUAUAAGUUACAGUUAGCUUCAAUGUUAGGAAAACUUAAGGGGAUGGAUGCUGCAUUGAAAGAAAUUGAUGAGGAUUUAAAAGCUAGGGCAGAGUCAGAAAGGUGCGCACAUCAAGCACAGUCUCUAUGGGCGGCGUGUCAAGCCCUGUGGGGUUCAGUUAGAGCAGGAGAACCAGGUAUCCAUUGGCGUCAAAAAUUGCGUCCAUUGAAAAGCGAAAUCAAAGCCGUUGAAAAAGCAGCAGCUGAAGGUGAUGAAUUAGUCGCGGUUGUUUUAAAUAAUUUACCAAAAGAAGCUUUAGAGCGUGGGGUUUAUCCCGAAGAUGCAUUAAGAGAAAGAUUUUUCAAUGUUGAAAAAAUAGCUCGCAAAGUAGCUUUAGUUCCAGAAAAUGGUGGAAGUUUGUUUAUGUAUAUGUUAUCAUAUAUUCAAUCAGUUUUAAUAAUGCGGCCAUCAGAAUCGAUCACAAAAGAGGAAUUAAAAAAUGAAAAAUUUGAUUUUCAUAAGUUGGAUACAUAUGAAAUUCUUGAUAGGGCUAGAUAUUUUAUAGAUCGUGGAGAUCUAACUCAAACUUUAAAAUAUAUGAACUUGUUACAAGGUGCUCCUAGAAAGCUUUCUUCAGAUUGGAUGAAAGAAGCGCGACUAUUAUUAGAAACACAACAAGCUGCUAAUGUCUUAAUGGCCCAUGCGGCGGCCAGUGGUCUUUUAUAUUUAUAAUUUAUUUCGUUAUAUGUAAAUGCCGUAUCUUAUCAGUUCCAAUCUAAUAUUAUCCUAAUUUAUCUGAUAAGUAACAGCAAAGUUAGAUGAAAUUGUGAAUAAUAAAUUAUAAGUGAAACAUUGG